ACUGCAUUCUUUCAUAUGUAUUUUUAGCAUUUGUGUUUUAACAUUUUUAUGUAUCUUUCUUGAAAAUAUUUAAAAAUUAGAAGUCUCAAAAGUAUUUUUUCUUCUAGAUUUCAUUAUGGGCAAUACAGUUUCAGCAGCACAUAAAACUGCAGGUCAAUUGGUUGGCCCCCUCGCUUUGGGGAAUCAGUCUGAUGUGAAACCAGGCAUCGAUUAUUCUUUUAUUCCUGCAGAAUGUCCUAUGUAUAAAAAAGGUACUGGAAACGAUGCUUCAAAUGACGAUAUCAAUCCCCUUAAUAUGAUGCAUCCUCCAAAUCAAAAACCAGCACCUGAUCAACCUUUCCCUCUUCCAACAAACAGAGAAGUGUCAACAAUACCCAAAGCCACACCACAGUUUGAAGGAGACAAUUAUUGGGUAUACCCUUCGCAACAGAUGUUUUGGAAUGCAAUGCUAAGAAAAGGUUGGAGGUGGAAAGAUGAUGAUCUAAAACCAAAAGAUAUGGAAGAUAUAAUUAAAAUUCAUAAUGCCAACAAUGAGCAGGCUUGGCAAGAGGUUCUCAAAUGGGAAGCACUUCAUUGCAAGGAAUGUUGCACUCCUAAACUAAAAAGUUUUGGUGGAAAAGCUCAAGAUUAUUCUCCCAGAGCACGUAUACGUCAGUUAAUGGGGUACGAAUUACCAUUUGACAGGCAUGAUUGGGUUGUGGACCGUUGUGGCAAAGAUGUAAAAUAUAUCAUCGACUACUAUGAUGGAGGGUCUAUUGAUCCUAAUCACAGAUUUGCCAUACUAGAUGUGAGGCCAGCAAUGGAUUCUUUGGAAAAUGUCUGGGACAGAAUGAGAGUUGCUUAUUGGCGUUGGCGUUAUGAAUUAGAGGAUUAUAUAAAAGAGAAGAAGGAUGCUUAAAAUGUUACCAGUUGUUAAAUUUAAAUAGACUUAGUUAUUUAUUUAUGGUUAAUUGGAAUAAAAAUUUGUUCCAAAUAUUAAAAUGUUAUACUUUUCAUUAAUUUCUUCCUUCAUUUCCUUUCUUUAGUAAAAUAUUUCUUUACUGUUCUUUAUAACAUUAUUAUCAUAUUUUCAUUGAAU